GAUGUCGUUACAACCAAGGAUGUGGUUCACCUAUGGUUGCAAUUACAAGAUCAAGUUGUUUACAUUUCCGUAUGACAGAUCAUUACUCCCACCAAAUGUUCGCGAUUAGUUCGGGUUAUUGCGGGUUUGCCAGCUUUAUCUAUCGGUAAAAGUUUUCAGAAAUGUCUUAAAAAAACUUUUAAUUUGAUAGAUAUGGAUCUACAAUGACAGUUUUAAUUAAAAGAAAUAAUCGUAAUAAGUUACAUUUCAAGCAAUGGAACAAAAUUACACCGCGUCGCCUUGAAGGUCAAACGGGUACUUUUGGUAUCUAAAAUGUUUUUAAAUUACCCUUUUAUUGAAUAUUUGUAUGGUGUAAACAAUUUUUUAAAAAAUAUAAACAAUUACGUUGUGUAGUGAGCAAAAAAGUGGAUAAUUUAAAAAGAAAUCAUUCUUCCCCAUCGGUAAGUAUUUUUAGGUUAAGUUAUACAGUUGUCAUUGAAACCAGUGGAGUACACAGGCGUUUUAAAGUGGUUAUAUUUUAUCAAUUAUUCUUAUAUUAAUUAAAUAACUUGUUCUGAUUAUUAUCUUGUAUUUUUAUUUUCGGUUUGCAAUCUUCCAGUGGAUUUUUAUUUCAAAUAAAAUACUAGUUUUAAUUGCAUUAUAUAUUCAACGUCUUAAUGCGAGUUUUUCAUCAAUACUUCUUCUUUUUUAACAUAUCAUCGUUCUGUCAUUUUUCUUCCUAAAAAUUUCUAACCUCAAAACUAACAUAUGUCUUUUCAAGUAUUCAUUAUUCAAGCCUCUACUACUUAUCUCCAUAAUAUUUUCAAAUGACGUUACUAAAGACACUAAAAAAACUUUUUUCAACUUAAUGUUAAAAGUAGAAAACCUUAAUAACCAUAAAGUUUGAAAUAAAUUAUUUUUUCUACUUGUUUUCCUACUCUAAUAGGUUUAUUAAAAGUUUUACGAUCUCUUUUGUUGUUUUUUAUUAUUAUUAAUUAAAAAAAUAUUAAUUUUGUCUUAUUUAUAUACCUCUACCUCGUUAAUGUCUGACUGUCUGACGCACGUUUCGAUAACAAAGUUAUCGUCUUCAGAGUCUGAAAGUAAGGUUUGAUGAAACUGGAAGGGGGGACUACCUCGAGUCUUUGAAGUCUUUGGUUUUCGAAACGCACAUCAAACAAUGUUAUUGUUGGUGUAGUGGUAGUGUAAACGGUGUGUUGACUAUGAAUAUGUCAAACAGUUCCAGAAAUUCUCACUUAGAAACAAUACGCAGUUUUAUUUUUAUAAUAUUUUUUCCAAAUUUCAUGAAAUAUUUUGAUAAUUUAUCUACCUAUAUCUAAAAUUAAUAAAUUUCUAUUUUCACGUAUUAUUUGUUUCAAACUACGCCUAUGGCAAUGGCGGUUAUAUCAACACUCUGUUUGCAACGUAGUUAGACAGUCAUAAGAAAUCCGUCCAUCCUUUUCUCACAAACAAUUUUAUUCCAUAGAAUGGAAUUUUUUGUCUUUGUCUAUCUUUACCUGCAGUCUUAUGAAAAUAUUAUUUCAAAUACGUACAAAUCUAAAAACUUUGUUUAAUAUAGAUAAAUUCUCACUGAUAAGGCGAGGGCUGGAAGACUGAAAAAUAUUCUUAUCGGUUUUUUUAAAGGGGAUGUUUAUGUUACGAAGAGGGUAGAUAAGGUUCUAGUUAAAAGGUACGGAAUUGAUAUGAAAAUUUAUAAUGUAAUUAUGCUUAGCGCCCAUAUAUAGUACAUUUAGCCUCUUGUAACUUUUUCAAAUUAAAUAGUUCAUUGAAAGAGUUCAAGAAUAGGAAAUUAGAAAAGUUUUAUUUUGGUAAAAUGAAUUUCAAUAAAAAAAUUAUUAAACUUAUUGACGAUUUAAUUGUGCGUAUUUAUAUCGGAAAAAAUAAAAAAAAAACAUCAAAAGGAAUCAAAAUUAGUUUUGACGUUAUGAUUUGUCAAAAGUUGUGAUUCAUUUAAAUCAAUUCAAAUACGUUUGAAAUGAAGAUAUCUACGAUUACGAACUUAAAUAGUUGAGCUUAUAUCUGCUAGAUGGAUCUGUGUAAGUGACAGUUCAAAGAAAUUUCUGUCUAAAAAUUUGCGCGCAGGUCAUAGAAAAUGCCUCCAUUUUGUUUAUUUUCUUAUGUGAAAAGUGUAGUGUCGGCAUUGCGGUAAAUUAUCAUUUAAUAAAGCGAAUGAACGUAAAAUAAACAACAAAUUCUAACAAGUUGAAAAAUAUCGUCGUAUAUAUGUUCCUUGUGCGUUUCCCUCGUUUAGAGGGUUUAAAAAAUAGCAGACAUUGGGCGCAUCGCGAGUAAGCACUUUGUCAAAUUGACUACUGUGUCGGGCACUAAAAAUAACCCUCAAAACAACAGUAACUCUCUUCAUCGUGGUGUCGUGACAGACAAAGAAGGUUUUCUGCACAUAAAAAAGAGUAAAAGUGUAUUCGGCACUGUUGGAAGAGACAAAACUGUGCCCGUUGUAUCACCACCCCCAAUAAUGAACCACGUGACAGGCCAUUAUCGUCGAAACGAAGACAAUCCUCAAAAUACUAAUGCUAAUGAAGUUGAAGAUAUGGAAACUCAAGAAGUGACUACAAUGGAAUACAUCACAGAUUCUGGUGGUGCAGAAAUGGAUCAGACUCAAAAUGGAGAGAUCAUUGUUGGUCCACAACCUGAUCCGAAUGCAAUAGCACAAGAUACCGAAAUGGAAGAAGAUGAGGCUCGUUCAGAAGCAACUUUCAGAUUUACUGUUCAGAAUUUUAGUAAAUUGAAGGAUUCAGUGUUGUCCCCACCAUGCUUCGUGAGAAAUUUACCAUGGAAGAUAAUGGUGAUGCCACGUAACAGCCAUGCUCAAGAUGCUAGAUCAGACAGGCCAUCACAAAGAUCUUUGGGAUUCUUUUUACAAUGCAAUGGUGAAAGCGAAUCGAGCUCUUGGUCUUGUUACGCCGUUGCAGAAUUGAGGAUGCUUUCGGUUAGACCUGAUAUUGAGAAUUUCACCAGGAAGAUUCAACAUUUAUUUUAUUCGAAGGAAAACGAUUGGGGUUUUUCCCAUUUUAUGGCAUGGAAUGAUGUCUUGGAUCCGGACAAAGGUUUCAUCAAGGAUGAUGCGAUUACCUUGGAGGUGCAAGUAGUAGCGGAUGCACCCCAUGGGGUAUCGUGGGAUAGUAAAAAACACACAGGGUAUGUCGGUUUGAAAAAUCAGGGUGCAACAUGUUAUAUGAAUUCUUUACUCCAAACUUUGUAUUUUACUAAUCAAUUGAGAAAGGCGGUUUAUAAAAUGCCAACCGAAUCCGACGAUUCUACCAAAUCUGUGGCUUUGGCUUUGCAACGUGUUUUUCACGAAUUACAAUUUUGCGAUAAGCCAGUCGGUACCAAAAAGCUAACGAAAAGUUUCGGUUGGGAGACGCUAGAUUCAUUUAUGCAGCAUGAUGUUCAGGAAUUUUUAAGGGUGCUAUUAGAUAAGUUAGAGAGCAAAAUGAAAGGUACAUGUGUCGAAGGGACCGUUCCAAAAUUAUUCGAAGGGAAAAUGAUUUCGUAUAUAAGAUGUAAAAAUGUUGAUUACUCAAGUACUAGAUCGGAAACUUUCUACGAUAUACAGUUGAAUAUAAAAGGAAAAAAGAAUAUUGACGAAUCAUUCAAAGACUAUAUUGCCAAAGAAACAUUAGAUGGUGAUAAUAAGUAUGAUGCCGGCGAACACGGUUUGCAAGAUGCCGAAAAGGGUGUCAUCUUCAAAGAAUUUCCCCCUGUAUUACAUUUGCAUUUGAUGAGGUUCCAAUACGAUCCGGUGACCGAUAGUUCGGUCAAAUUCAAUGAUAGGUUCGAAUUUUACGAAAAGAUAUCGUUGGAUACUUACCUCCAAGAUCCAGAUCCUAAUAAUCCGGCAAAUUAUACAUUACAUGCCGUACUUGUACAUAGCGGCGAUAACCACGGGGGACAUUAUGUUGUUUUUAUCAAUCCCAAAGGUGAUGGUAAAUGGUGUAAAUUUGAUGAUGAUGUCGUUUCGAGGUGUACGAAGCAGGAAGCUUUGGAGCACAAUUACGGCGGUCACGACGAAGAUAUGAACAUGACAGUUAAACAUUGUACCAACGCAUACAUGUUGGUGUACAUUAGAGAUUCGGAAAUGCAUAAAGUCCUCCAAGACGUUACUGACGUUGAUAUUCCGACUGAGUUGGCGGAUCGUUUGGCCGAGGAAAAACGAAUGGAACAAGUUCGUCGUAAAGAACGCAACGAAGCGCAUCUUUACAUGACUAUAAAUGUUCUGUUGGAGGAUUCGUUCGACGGUCAUCAGGGUAAUGAUUUGUAUGAUCCCGAAAGGGCCCUUUUUAGAGUAUUCAAAAUUAAAAAAAUGGCUACCGUUGCUGAAAUGAUGGAAAUGUUGGCCGACGCUUUCAAAUAUCCUCCAGAGCAGAUAAGACCGUGGCCGUUCAGUCAAAGAUCAAAUCAAACGAUUCGACCGAGCGUUUUGGAUCUCGAAACCGAUCUCCAUAAGGCAGUUACAGAUGCAGCAGAAAACAUGAACCCUUGGAAUAUAUUUUUGGAAUUACUACCGCCCGAUUCGGGACAGUCCACGCUUCCCACUUUCGAUAAAGAAACUGACGUUUUGCUAUUUUUCAAAAUGUACGAUCCCAAACAAAAGAAAAUCCAUUACUGCGGUCACAGUUAUUUACCCGUCACUAGUAAAUUAGUGGAUAUCAUACCGUUGUUGAAUGAAAGAGCGGGUUUCCCACCAGACACAGAAUUACUUCUUUAUGAGGAAAUUCGUCCAAAUAUGAUAGAAAAAAUUACCAAUUUUAAUGAUCCACUGGAAAAGGUAUUAGAAGAAUUGAUGGAUGGUGAUAUAAUAGUGUUUGAAAAAGAAGAAAGGGAAGAACUUUCGGAUCUCCCGACUUGCGUCGAUUAUUUUAAAGAUUUGUUUUGUCGAGUUGAAGUUACAUUUGUAGACAAGUGUAUACCGAACGAUCAAGGAUUUACAAUGGAAUUGUCCCAGAGAAUGACGUACGAUCAGUUUGCUAGGGCGGUAGCGCAAAGGGUCGGUACAGAUCCGUAUCUGUUACAAUUCUUUAAAUGUCAAAGUUAUAAAGAUAGUCCCGGUCACCCAUUGAGGUGUACCUUCGAGGGCACUCUCAAAGACUUACUAGUGUAUUCGAAGCCAAAAGUACCGAAAAAAAUAUUUUAUCAACAACUUAGUAUUCGGGUAAAUGAACUAGAGAAUAAGAAGCAAUUUAAAUGUGUAUAUGUGGGUCCCAAAAUGAAGGACGAAAAAGAAUUGAUAUUAUAUCCAAAUAAAGGUGGGACUGUAGCCGAUUUAUUGGAAGAAGCUAAAAAACAAAUAGAAUUCGGCGAAGGUAGUACAGGAAAACUUAGGUUAACGGAAGUGAGUAGUAGUAGAGUAUCGAUGGGGCCAAAAGAGGAUACGCCGUUAGAGCAGCUAGGAAUAACUGCUACGAAAGUUUAUAGGAUCGAAGAAGUACCUCAAGACGAGUUACAUCUAGCCGAAGAUGAAAUGCUAGUCUCUUGCGCUCAUUUUCACAAGGAAAUUUUUUCUACAUUUGGUAUUCCAUUUCUUAUAAAACUCAAGAAUAACGAACCUUUCAGUAAAGUUAAAGAGAGAAUACAGAAACGAUUGGCUGUGCCUGAAAAAGAAUGGGAAAAAUUCAAAUUUGCAAUUGUUGCUCUGGGUAGGCCACAAACUAUUCAAGAAGACGAGUAUAUAGUGAACUUAGCCGAUUUCAAACCUGCUCCUAAUCAAUCAGGUAGUCCACGACCUUGGUUAGGUCUAGACCAUGUGAAUAAAACCCCCAAGAGGUCUCGAUUCAACUACCUGGAGAAGGCCAUUAAAAUAUACAACUGAGACUGACAGAAGAAACGUUUAGUGACAAAUCUAUCAUCACCACCCUAUAACCAAUCACCAACUAAUAUUGCGUUAUGGCCGACAUUUACCCCUGCUCACCUAACAAUUUACCUAUAACGAGGUGCGUGUGCGCAUUGUCACUAUAUUAAAUACGGUAUGAGCUCGCUAAAUAGUCUAGACGUCUACUUGAAAGUUCGGCGUAUUGUUUGAGAAGACGCAAUUUUUCUUUUUAGUCCUUGUUUUACGGUUAGAUAAAAAAAUAUUAUAUAGAGGGUGCCUUAUUUUUAUAUAAAGAAAUAUUUCUUGUUGAUUUAUUCACUGAUUUAAAUCCACACGUUGGAAAUUUGUUAAAUGGUUGUUAGAAUCAAGUAAAUCGUUAUAUCAAUAGCAUUCGCAACACUUAUUUCAGCUUCUGAUAACAUCAGCUCCUUUCCAUGUUUUUAGAAUACUGUAGCAUCAAAAGCGAUACUCUUGAGCUAAAAUUAAAUUUCCAAAUUCUUUUUAUCCUGCAGUAUAGUCAGUACAGGAAUUACUACUUUCGAAACCAGCUUGGUUACAUCGUCAUUUAUAAUUCAAUUAUUUCUGUUCUUGUAUAGAUCUGUCGAUUUUUGGCUUUAAUGGAUCAAAAUAUCUUUCGGAGGAUCUGUACUACACUGGAACUACAGUCCUCAAAGAGCCACCAUAUUCUCCAGUCGUUUAGGUCGACACCUAGCUCCCAAAGAGCUUCUUCUAAUGAAAGACCAACUAUUUGCAACUGUUACUUCGAGAUCGUUCCAAGUCUCAUUUUCAAUUGUAUAACCUCUGGAAAUCAUCAGUUACAUGUUUCAGGGAAAAUUUCCAGUGUGUAACAAGCUGCAGCUCAUUUCUGAGAAAAUUUGGCAGAAUGAUGUUGAGUUUUCAAUAGUAAAACCUCUGGAAAUCAUCAGUCACAACUUUUAGGGAAAAUUUCCGGUGUGUAACAAGCUGCAGCUCAUUUCUGAGAAAAUUUGGCAAAAUGAUGUUGAGUUUUCAAUAGUAAAACCUCUGGAAAUGAACAGUAACACCUUUUAGGGAAAAUUUUCAGUGUGUAACAAACUGCAGCUCAUUUCUGAGAAAAUUUAGCAGAAUGAUGUUGAGUUUUCAAUAGUAAAACCUCUGGAAAUGAACAGUAACACCUUUUAGGGAAAAUUUUCAGUGUGUAACAAACUGCAGCUCAUUUCUGAGAAAAUUUAGCAGAAUGAUGUUGAGUUUUCAAUAGUAAAACCUCUGGAAAUGAACAGUAACACCUUUUAGGGAAAAUUUCCGGUGUGUAACAAGCUGCAGCUCAUUUCUGAGAAAAUUUGGCAAAAUGAUGUUGAGUUUUCAAUAGUAAAACCUCUGGAAAUGAACAGUAACACCUUUUAGGGAAAAUUUUCAGUGUGUAACAAACUGCAGCUCAUUUCUGAGAAAAUUUGGCAGAACUAUUCCGAAUCUUCAACUGGAAAUCAUCAAUUACAUCUUUUCGGAAAAAUUGUUUCCAUUCCAUGCAAUUUUUGAUAACGUUGGGUUGUAUUAGACAUAUUUGUCAUCCUAGGUUGGCAGAUAUAAAAUAUCAAAAAAAUAACCUGGAUACUUGUGAAUAGAAGUAAAAAGGAAAAUUUCAGAGUAAACUUUGAAAACUCUUAACGGAAUUGAAUCUAACAACUACUAAAUAGUUUACGGAACUCGAAUUACAUUUUUACCCUACAUCAAGCUAAUUGCUCUUGAAAUUUAGAUAAGUUGAAAAGGAAAAGUUGAUAAAAAAAACUCAUCAUCGGUGUCAUUUAAUUAAUUGUUUGAUUCCCUGGAAGGUUUUCGAAGUAUCCACUAUGUAUAGGGGGUAUGUAAGGAAAUAGGGACAACAUGUCCUCCUUUUUGUCAUGUUGCUAUAAAAUCAUCGAUCGAAUUGAAUUUUGUACACCCAGCUUGUAACCCAAUGUAAUCGAAAUCUAGAAAUUGUGAGUUUACCAUGGCUUUCGAUUGACAUAUACACAUCCAACCAACAAAUGACAAUGUUUUAGUAUAAUUGUUGUUUAUUUACAACUUGCUAUAAAUCAUUUGAUGAAAUAUUGUUCGAAUGCUCAAUAAAAAUGGCACAAGUCAUUGUAAUUGUACUUUUUCCUCUUUAUAUAAAAAUAAGGUUUGACUCUUUCAUCUUGUACAAGGCUAUAAAGAAAAAUUGUUCUUAUUAACUAUACGAUACUAUUAUGUGGUUGGUAUUUCUGAUACUUUGCGGUGGGUAUCUCGACUAAAAUGCUUAUAAUUCAGAUUUUCUCAGAUAACUCAAACAGCAAUCUAUCAGCUAAUGUAUAACACUUGUAAAUAUUUAUUUAAUGACAAAUGAAGUCUGUCUCUGUUGUUUUUAGGGUGUAUCCACAUGUUGAUAUUUUGUAGUCUGGUUAUUCAGGAUCACUGACGAAAUGUUAAUUUUUUUUUCUUUCUUUUAAUAAUGUAAUAUUUAAAACGGCACCAUGAUUUUAGUUGUAAUCGAAUUUUUACAGUGUGCUGAUAAUAUGUGAAGAAAAAUCGUUUCAUUUUUUUUAUAUAUAUAUAUAUAAAUAUAUAUUUUAAACGGUGAACAUUAUAUGUCAAACUUUCGGAUGCAAGGAAGUUUUUUUACUACUUAGUUGAGAUUUAUUUGAUUUCAAUAUUAUUAUGGCGUUAUUUUAAAAUAUCAUGUUUUUAUAUUAUUUUUAAUUUUUUUUAUUGGGAAAUCAAAUAAUUUCGACACCCUUUAUACUUCUAGUGAAUAUUCAUAGCGUCUAGCAGAAAUUUCAAUAAAUUAUUGUUUUAUUUACCUCACUAAACUGCCAAUUUGGAAAAGGGGAAUCAAAGUGGCAAAAAAAGGAUAAUCGGAGGGCUCCACAUGUCUCACUGGUCAUUUUCGAGUUAUCCAAGGUUCGAAACCCCUAAAUUUAACUGAAAAAUUCAUUUGUUUUCAUUUGAAAGGGUACUUGUCAACCAUCGUAUUUCAAACUACUUCCAGUGUCCCCGUUUUGAGUCUUCGAGGGCUUUUAUGAUCGAAAACUUCAAAUAGGGGAUUCUGCAGUUUUUAUGAUGUACCAGUAAACAGGCACAUCAUCUUUUUUCAGUUCUGCUCCCCAUCAAAUGAAAUUAUAUUUCUCAUUUUGAGUCUACGGUGUGUUGUAUUCUGAGUCCUCCAAUUAAGAAUUUCAAUAAAAAUUUACAAUUAUAUUUUCUUUUUUUUUAAGAACCGAUAAAAAAACAUGUUUAUACAUCUAUUUUAAUGUUUUUUGCAUUAUUUUUUUUUAAUUGUGAUAUAAUAUUGUCAGUACCCUGUAAACGUUCGAAAUUUGCGAGUUUCGGCAAAUUUUGAAUAACCUAGUCUUAUUUUUUUUUUUGAAUCGUAUUCUUAAAUAAUUUUAUCACUUUUUCGGUUGACCAUCAUCCAUCGUUUAAGGAAUAUACAGAAUGUUCAGUUUCAUCACACGGGUUGCAUUUGUAUUUUUAUUUUCUUUUUUUAAUAACAUCUAAUCGAGCGACUAUAUUGAUAUUUCUUUUAGUUACAAGUUCUUAUCUUAUCCGAAAACUGUACACCCUGUAUAUACUGUAAUUAUCCCGAAGUAUUUUCUCGUUUUUAUUAUUGCAACUUUUUUUCCUUUUUAUUUUUUAUGUGUCGAUUGAACGCUGACUUUUGCUGAUCGAAACAUUUUGCGUUGUGUAUCGGUAGUACCCAAAAAGGGCGUUUUAUCGUAGGCUAAGGGCUAAUUUUGGCUAACAACUAAAUUUAAAGUACAAUUAUUUAAUCUUGAUAUUGUUGGUUUGUAUGAAAAAUGUUAUUGCGAUGAAGCCAGCGAUUAAUCUGUGGACUUUCCAGUUUCUUUUUUAUACUUUUUGUCAUUACUAACACGGUGAUUAAAUCAUUAAUAUUAAAUAGAUUCUUGUUUCUUCAUCCCGAUUUAUAUUUUUUUAAAAAUUCAUCGUUUCCGGAUAUGGUUUUGUUUGCUUGUACAAAAUUUUGUAUUUAAUAAUUUGUAUUUAUUGCCACUCUGUAUAUUUCGUAAUUUCAAUGAAAAUAUUUGCUUAGAUUUUAAAGUACCGCAAUAAAAAAUAAUGAAAAUUAUAUUUUGAGUUUUCUUGUUAAACAUAUGUAAGCAGAUUAAAAAAUAUAAAAUAAAAGAAUGUAUGUUGAA